AGCCUGUGCCCGAGCCCACCGACGCCAGUCCUUGCCGGUCCCUCCGGUUCCCGCCCCCGGCCCCAGCCUUCUCCCGUUGGGGCUGGUCCCCGACUUCUCUCUCCCCACGUGUAACCGCCUGCCGCGGCAUCUCUGGCCCGCUGUCCUCUGCCCGGCUCUGCUCCGCCAAGGCUCCCGGUCCGUGAGCCCCGGCCGCAUGGCGCUGCAGGCGCUGCAGAGCUCGGGGGUGGCCUUGCGCAAGAUCCUGUCUCACUUCCCCGAGGAGCUGAGUCUGGCUUUCGCUUACGGCUCCGGGGUGUACCGCCAGGCGGGGCCCAGUUCAAACCAGAAGGCUGCCAUGCUGGACUUUGUGUUCACAGUAGACAACCCUGUUGCAUGGCAUUCAAAGAACCUGAAGAAAAAUUGGAACCAUUACUCUUUCCUCAAAGUUUUUGGACCCAAGAUUAUCACAUCUGUCCAGAAUAACUAUGGUGCUGGAGUUUACUACAAUCCGCUGAUCACAUGUGAUGGGAGGCUUAUCAAAUAUGGGGUUAUUAGCACCAGUGUUCUGAUUGAAGAUCUCCUCGACUGGAAUAACUUAUACGUUGCUGGACGACUCCAGAAGCCGGUGAAAAUCAUAGCGAUGAAUGAGAAUGUUGCUCUUAGGUCAGCCCUCGAUAAGAACCUCAGGAGUGCUGUGACCACUGCUUUCCUCAUGCUCCCCGAAAGCUUUUCUGAAGAAGACCUCUUCCUAGAAAUUGCCGGACUCUCCUAUUCAGGCGACUUUCGGAUGGUGGUUGGAGAGGAUAAGGCAAAAGUGUUGCAUAUUGUGAAGCCCAACAUGGCCCACUUUCGUGAGCUCUAUGGCAGCAUACUGCAGGAGAAUCCCCAGGUGGUGUACAAAAUCCAGCAAGGCAGACUGGAGAUAGAUAAAAGCCCAGAAGGACAAUUCACUCAGCUAAUGACGUUGCCCAAAUCCUUGCAGCGACAAAUAAAUCAUAUUAUGGACCCUCCUGGAAAAAACAGAGACGUGGAAGAAACUUUAUUAAAAGUUGCUCAUGAUCCUGACUGUGGAGAGGUGGUGCGUCUAGGCCUUUCGGCAAUCGUGAGACCCUCUAGCAUGAGACAGAGCACCAAGGGCAUCUUCACUGCUGGCAUCAAGAAAUCAGUGAUUUAUAGUUCACUAAAACUGCAUAAAAUGUGGAAAGGAUGGCUGAGGAAAACGUCCUGAUUUUGGUUGCCUUUAUAUAUGUUAUGUAUGGAUGAAUAAAGUGAUCAUUUUUGACA